AGUGUAGGUCUACUGCGCGCUCUCGUAACCAUGUCGCCAUUUUGAUUCGAAAAAUAUGACUGAGUUUUUCCUGCUUUGCAUGCUAAACUUAGCCCCGGUUUGAAUUACUUUGUGCGUGAGUACGAAUCAUACACUUUAUAUCUGAAAUAACAUGUAUUGCUAUUAAUGUCAAGUAGCCGUUAAUGUUAGAGAACCGUUUAUUUGACAGACUUUAAAGCCACAUUUGACUAACGUUAGCCAAGUUGAGCUAGCUAACAGUAGCCUGUGCUGUCGCAGACUGACCCCUUCUUCAAAACAAAUCACUAUUCGCUCACAGGCUAAUGUCUGUUAGCUAACACAGCUAGCUAAUAGUUAGCUGGAUAGCUAGUGACUUAGUAGCUGGCUGCUUGACGAAAAACUCGACUAGCAGUCUAAUACAGACGGAAGGAAUAGCAGCGGGCUUUCAAUCAAAGGUUAUGGUGAGCCUCUCAGCGUCUCAUCUCCUAAACAGGCCUGCGUUUUAAGAGGAGACCGAUGCUGAUAAAUGCCAGGCCUCGCCACACUCUCUGUCGUCUGCACAAACACAAAUGCCUGCCUGCCCGUGGGGGAGGUCUGAUUAAAGAUAUCCACAUUUCAUCCACUGGGCUGUGUCCCCCGUCCCAGCGGCCACCAUGUUUUGGAAGUUCGACCUGCACACCACCUCCCACAUCGACCAGCUGCUGGACAGGGAGGACGUGACGCUGAGAGAGCUGAUGGAGGAGGAUGACGUCCUGCAGGAGUGCAAGGCCCAAAACCGUCGGCUGCUCCUCUUCCUCUCCCAGGACCACUGCAUGCAGGAGCUGGUCAGCCUCAUCACCACAGAGCCUCCCGCCGACCUGGAGGAGAGGAGCCGGUUUAAGUUCCCCAACAUUGCUUGUGAGCUCCUGACAUCAGAUGUGUCCAUUAUAAAUGAUAAGCUGGGCGGAGAGGAGUCUCUCCUUGAAGUGCUUUAUCACUUUCUGGAACAGGACCCGCCCCUCAACCCACUACUGGCCAGCUUCUUCAGCAAAACCAUCGGCAACCUCAUUGCCAGGAAAACCGAACAGGUGAUUACCUUCCUAAAGAAAAAGGAAGGCUUCAUUGGUCUGGUGCUGAAACAUAUUGAUGCCUCUGCCAUGAUGGACCUGCUGCUUCGCCUCAUCAGUUGUGUGGAGCCCGCCCCUUUGAGGCAGGAAGUCCUGCAUUGGCUGAAUGAAGAGAAGUUGGUACAAAGACUCACAGAGCUCAUCCAUACUGGCAAAGAUGAGGAGAGACAAUCAAAUGCAUCCCAAACGCUUUGUGACAUCAUCCGCCUUAGUCGAGACCAGGCCAAUCAGAUGCAGGAGAAUAUGGAGGCCGACCCACUAUUGGCUGUACUAGAGUCGCAGGAGAGUGUAGCGGGGCUCCUCAAGAACAUGUUUGAGGGUGAGAGGAGUGAGGCCUCCAUUGUUAAUGGAACUCAAGUGCUACUUACCUUACUGGAGACCAGGAGGUCUGGGUUGGAAGGACUGAUGGAUCUGUAUUCUCAGGGUUAUGAAAGGUCUUACACUGUCAACAGCAGUAUUUUAAAUGCCAUUGAGCCCCAUUUAAAGGACUUCCAGCAGCUUCUUCUGGAUCCCCCCAAGAAAAGUGCAAUAUUGACGACCGUUGGCGUUCUAGAGCAGCCACUGGGGAACGCCCGCCUUCAUGUGGCCAGGCUGGUGGCCGCCCUGCUGCAGACCAGUGCCCCCAGUAUCUGCCAGGAGCUCUGCAAUCUUACCACCAUGGACCUACUACUGGAUCUGUUCUUCAAAUACUCCUGGAAUAACUUUUUGCACUUCCAAGUGGAGUUGUGUGUGGCGGCUAUCCUGAACCAUCCUUCCUCAGAGGAGCGGCCCAGCCCAGGCCUCCAGAACCAUGAUGGGAAGCCUGCAGCCUCCAACCCUGAGGCUCAGGGGGAGGCAGCAGAGACAGGCAGGACCAGCGACCCACAGACCUCCAUCCACAAUGCCCUUGUGGCACAUCUCUUCCAGAAGUGUCAUCUGGUACAGAGGAUCCUUGACGCAUGGGAGGAGAAUGAUAAAAUACAGAGUGAGGGCGGCACCAGGAGAGGCAACAUGGGCCAUCUGACCAGAAUUGCCAACAUGGUGGUCCAGAACCUGGAGAAAGGACCAGUACAGGCCCAGCUCACUGACCUCAUCAAAGAGCUGCCAGAAGACUGCAGAGGUCGCUGGGAGAGCUUUGUGGACGAGACCCUGAGAGAGACUAACAGGAGGAACACAGUCGAGCUUGUAAGCACCCACAACAUGCACUCAUCCAGCGAAGACGACGACAUGGAGAGCCCCUUCCCCAACGACCUGUCUCUCCAGCAGGCUUUCUCUGACUAUCAGAUCCAACAGAUGACUGCCAACUUUGUGGAUCAGUUUGGCUUCAAUGACGAGGAGUUCAGCGAGCAUGAUGAAAAUAUCAAUGCCACAUUUGACAGAAUUGCCGAAAUAAACUUCAAUCUAGAUGCUGAUGAUAAUAGUGCCAAUGCGGCUGCUUUUGAAGCCUGCUGUAAAGAGAGGAUACGCCAGUUUGAUGAUGCUGAAGAAGAAGAGGACAUUUGGGAGGAAAAGGAGAUGAACUAUGCAACACAAGUUAAAUCCAGAACAAGGUUUGGAGUCUCCCAAACUUCAGAAAGCUCCAGAAGCAGCUUGGAGAACGGAGGCAGGGAGCGGGACCACGGAUCUGAAUCUGAUGAGGAGGAAGAGUCUGAGCAGAACACAUCAGAAACAGGUCCAGGCUGGACAGCAAAUUUCAGGGACUCUGGAGGGACUGCAGCAUCCCAAACCCCAGCAGGGUGGGACAGCUCAUCUGGGAGUGGAGCAGGGACACAGGAAAGUGGCUGGGCCAACUUCACUGAGUUCCAGCCUUUCUCCGGUACAGAGUCUGAUCCCAGGUGCAGCUCUCCUGUGGGCUCGGGCAGCAGUGAUGCAGAUAAACAAGCCAAACAAAACCACGAGAAGAGUGCAGAUGUUAGUGCCUCCUCUGGUGCUUGGCCCGUGGGAGAAGGGAGGAAGGCUCCGCUCGUGGCCUCAGACAGCAGCUCCUCCGGGGGAUCCGACAGUGAGGAGGAUGACAAAAAUGCCGGCACUCCUCCUGCUGCAGCCAUCGCCUCGGAAACAGCCGGCGCCCCCGGCAACAAGACAGCUGACCUCAAAAGCGAGGAGAGUCCGGUGUCUCUGGAGAAACUCUCCCUGUCAGAUCCUCCGAAAGCUUCAGAUCAGCAGCCUGCUGAGGAUUCACCUGUAACCACACAGACUGACAGGAAGGAGGAAACGCCACCACCCCAGGAAGUGUCGGUCAACGGGCCAGUCUGAGGGCGAGUGCACUGCUAAAUCCAUCAGUGACGGUGCCGCCGACUGUCAGCCUCCUCCAGAGUGACUCCCCUAAAUAACCUCACUGCAACUACGGUGUUUUUACUGAAUCACUCGGCCAUGUUAUUGGACCUGGACACUGCCAAUCAACACCAAUAAUGAGGUGGCGGAACAUGUUAAAAAAAAAAAAAAAGAUGACAAAUAAGAAACAAAACCAACAGACAGGAUGGAGUGUAGAGGAAUCAUCUUCAAAGCCUUUUUUCUGAUGUUGCACAUAAUUACGUGCGGUUUUAAUGUAGCAGCGAUCUUUGAAACGACAGAAUCCGAGGGGUAACAUCAUCAUUAUUAUUUUUUUAUGUCCUGAAAGAUUUCUCUCCUACUUGCUCGAAGCUGUUGGAAUCCCAUUGUUAGGGAUUUUUACAUCGUCACCCCUGAAUGGAUAGCACAGGCUAACUUUUAACGAUGCCUCAACAAUAAAUACCUUUUUUUGAAAACUUUUUUUUUUUUUUUUUUCCC